CUCCGUGAGAGCAGUCCCGGGGAGACCAGCAGUCGCAGCAGGAGCCCCUCCAGACCCCCCCUGGUCAGGAGCCACACGGGCCAGCUGCAAACACCCCCACCCGGCCUUCCCCGGUGCGCGUAAGUCCCUGCGAAUUCCCAAGAGCAAGCUGGGAAGACUGGUCCGUCAGACCGUCAGUCCGGAGGCCCUGGUGUGAGCUCAGGGCCUGGGUACCGCCUCGCCUCUCCCGUCGCCUUGGGAACCAGUCCGUGGCAUCCUGGAUCCGUUUUGGGAUUCCCCAGGCCUCUCCGGGGAGCAGCAGCGGGCCUACUGCUGCCUCCGCGAGCUGGGCAAGAUGCUGUUUGGCGUGAAGGACAUUGCCCUGCUGGAGCACGGGUGCAAGGCCCUGGAGGUGGACAGCUACAGGUCCCUGAUGGUCCUGGGCAUCCCGGAAGACUGCACCCACGAGGAAUUCGAGGACAUCAUCCGAGUCCCUCUGAAGCCCCUGGGCCACUUCGAAGUGGCCGGGAAGGCCUUGCUGGAAGAGGACCAGACGAAGGCCGCCAUCAUCCGGCUGGCCCAGGACAUCAAUUACGCCGUGAUCCCCCGCGAGAUCCGUGGCAAGGGCGGCGUGUGGCGCGUGGUCUACAUGCCACGGAAGCAGGACGUGGAAUUCCUCACCAAGCUGAACCUCUUCCUCCAGAGCGAGGGCAGGACAGUGGAGGACGUGGCCCGGAUCCUCAGGCAAGAACUGUGUCCGGACGCCGUGGCGCCCAGGCCGGGGGAGGAGCCCGGCGCUGAGGCUGCGGCCGAGGGGGACGGGGCAGCCCCGCUGGACGCCCCCGAGAAGGAGGGCAAGAAGCCUGCCCAGGUGAAGCAGCGCAUCCCCGCGUUGCCUUGGAGACCGCCAGGGCGGAGGAGGAGGCGGGACUAG